GAAACCGUUAGGGACACGAAUACUUGGUUCAUAUAUUUGCUUCUUCCAAACCCAUCUUGUUUCUUUAAGCUAACGGGGAAUCGAAAGCAUCGGAUUUAUUCGCCAUGGAGGCCUCUGGUAUUGUUUACAGGACAGUUUCAAGGUUGCCGGCGACUAGGGUUGGUUUUGGUGGUCGGUUUUCCAGGGAGUUGAAUCUUGGUGUUGGAGAUUCCAGGGUUUCAGUUAGGCCUAGGAUUAAUUCUUGCGGGAGGUUGAGUUGUCAGUUUUCUGAUUCAGGGCAUGCCCAGUAUUAUAUAUCAAGGGUUGGUGGUGUUACCAACAAGAAAGACAAGGAAAAGAGCUGUGAGAUUAAAACAGUUAAGAAGAAAUUGAAGUUUAUUAAGAGAUUGUCCGAGGACUUGUCCAUGUUUUCCCAGAUGGUUGAUGGAGAAGAUAUUGGGAUUGGUCUGAUCGGUGAAGUUAAGGAAGCAAGCGUCGUUUUGCUGGCACAACUGCAACAGUUGAGAUCAGAACAAGAAGAGUUUAAGAGAAAAUUGAAAGAGGAAAGAGCCCAGCUCAAAGCGGCUUUGGAGAAAUCAGAAUCAACAUCUUUCUCUUCCCCAGAGUCAAGUGACGGCGAAUGUGGAGAGGUAUUUGACACGAGAACCCUGAGAAGAAAUGCUUUAAAACCAUCGCAAGACAUAGAAAUACCAAGUGACAAUGCUUGGAAACCAUCACAAAACAUGGAAGCACCAACGGUGACAGGGGAAGCAACGUUAGAAAACUCAAUUAUGGAACUAGAAAACUCAGAUUCGAGCCCCCAAGUUCGGAUACGAGUACCUUUCUCUGGACUUGGUGGCGAAUGUUGCAGUUCAAAUGGCUUCAAGGAUGAUCACGGUAACAGCCUUGUGGAAGGAGCAUCCACCAAGAAGAUUGAAAUCUGCAUGGGUGGAAAGUGCAAGAAGCUGGGAGCUGCUGCUUUGUUAGAAGAAUUUGAGAGCAAGGUUGGUGCAGAGGGCACUGUUGUUACCUGCAAGUGUAUGGGGAAGUGCAAGACCGCUCCAAAUGUAAGGGUCUUGAAUUCUCCAAGUGGAACUGAAGCAAGAAGCAAUGAAGACUCUGCUAGACUUGGGAUUAAUCCUACAUGCACUGGUGUUGGGUUGCAAGACGUGGGUCUGAUCGUUGCAAGUCUUUUGGGCAAGGACAUAGAUGAUGAAUGUCUGAUGCUCUCUUCGAGUCUUUAAAUCUUUUUGUUUUAUUAUCUUCUGAUGUCUUCAGUCUUUUUGUCUGUGAAUAUGGGAUAUAGUACAUUUGAUAUUCGCAUGCAAGAAACUAUCUUUAUUUCCAGGCUUUAGCGGAUAAUGUAAUUGUAAAUGUUUUAUCUUUCACUUUUAAGAGAAAUGUGAAUGCAGCUUGUGAUUUUUA